CCUCCGGGCCACGGGCCUCUUCGGACCGGGACGCAGGGUGGCGGCGCCUGCGGCAGAGCGUCCGGAGCAGGUAGUGUUGGUGCUUCUUUUCAGUGCCGGUCCGUCCAUCACGACCACAUUUGUCAUGAUGACAGUGACAAGAUAUCUCCCGGGGCCAAUUCAGCACCUCUGCCUGGCCAUCCUAACAAGGGGAUUUGUGAAAGGGUGAGACUUCAGAGCCUGGUCCCUCUUCUCCCAAGUGAUCAGAAUACUACCGUUCAAGAGGAUGCUCACUUCAAAGCUUUCUUCCAGCCUCUACAGAGGAUAGAAAAUGAAGUGGAACUCUUAGGAGAACAUCUUCAAGUGGGCAGUUUUACUUAUCCCCCCUCGGCCCAUCCCCCAGCCUUACCUCCGUCAGCUCCUUUGCAGUUCCUGACACAUGAUCCUCUGCAUCAGGAGGUGUCCUUCGGCGUACCUUAUCCUCCAUUCAUGCCUCGGAGACUCACGGGGCGCACUAGAUACCGAUCCCAGCAGCCAGUACCACCUCCCCCUUACCAUCCAAGCUUACUGCCUUAUGUGUUAUCAAUGCUUCCAGUACCACCUGCUGUGGGCCCAACUUUCAGCUUUGAAUUGGAUGUAGAAGAUGGAGAAGUAGAAAAUUACGAGGCCCUGCUAAACCUGGCGGAACGACUGGGAGAGGCGAAGCCUCGGGGACUGACUAAAGCAGAUAUUGAACAGCUUCCCUCCUACAGGUUCAACCCUAACAACCACCAGUCGGAGCAGACUUUGUGUGUAGUAUGCAUGUGUGAUUUUGAGUCGAGGCAGCUUCUUAGAGUCUUACCCUGUAACCACGAGUUCCAUGCCAAGUGUGUCGAUAAAUGGCUUAAGGGAAAUCGUACUUGCCCAAUUUGCCGAGCUGAUGCUUCAGAAGUACACCGGGAUUCAGAGUGACCAGCCUACGAGCACAGAUUUAGUUUGGGUGUUCCUCAUCACGUGUAUAUAUGGACUAUCCAUUGAACUUAACCUGUGUGGCUUCCAGCCAGCCCUCCCUUUACCAAAAGGGUCAAUGGACCUUUCUUUGCACUGUGUGACUUAAUCAACUAUAAAAGCUUACAAUUAGUCUUCACAAUUAUGGGAUUGUUAUACUAACUGUGUGAUUGGAACUCCAAAGAUCUUUUCUUUAGCUUAAUUUCGUGUGUGCACUAACAUUCCCUGGUUUUUGUGUGAUCAUUCCGAGUGUUGCUGCAAGAUUACAGUGGACGUGAUCUUUUAGCAUGUGCUUUUAUAAAAAGUGGUAGCUCCAGAUGAUAUAGCAAUCUACCUUAUAUAGAGCCUUCGGAAACUGUGAGUGGAAAUGAGUGCAGCGUGUGAACUGUGAGAGAGUGUGCGACUACAUGUGUGGGGGCAUGGUAGCUACUGUGUGUAUGAGACCCUGUAUACCAGCAUGUACCAAGAAUGUGUGUGUAGUUUUAAUUAUGCUGCAAUGUAUAAUCUGGUGUGUUAUUUAAACAGCACUAGUACUGUACACUGGUUUCCCCUUGUGUUUGCUGUUGCACACUGAUUGCUAAGGGUGCAUCAAUUCUAAGCAUUGAAUACUCCGUCCCCUUCCCUCCCAAGGAAUGGAAUGAGAAAAGCCUUCUUCCUUUGCUUCAGGCAGCUGUCCCCUUCUCUUCCUCUGUGAUCCUAAGUGGGUCACUUAAGAAAAAAUGUCAGAUUCUCACUCCAUGACCUGAUUUUUUUUUUCUUCAAUUCUGUUGUAAAAGAAACUUUUAAGUCUCCAACUUGCUAUUUCCAAAAAGAAGGUGCAAUAUCACGAUCCUCAUUAGCAAUAUCGGCAUUUCAGUCGGAGAUCUGAGUGUUUCUACUUCUUGUUUCUCCUUUACAUUUCCAGUAGCGUUUUACAGAGAGGACCUGUGAUUUUAUUCAUGUGUAGAUUUGUAGUCUGUUUCGAAGAUAUUUGAGUAAUAUAUUUUUAAGAACACCACUGGUCCCAUAAGUAUCGCCUUCUUGACUUCCCGUAGAACAAAAUCUGUUAUCUAACUCAGCCUGGUUUCUGGUGUGUGUUCUUCGCUCAGGCCUCCCUGGGUAACUAAAUUGUUUUAAGAGAGCUAUUUCUGUUAGUGUUCACUGAAUUCCCACACUCUGGUCCUGAAGUUCUCUGACUCUUUCCUCUGUAAACAUUCUCGUCGAAACCUUUGUUUCAGGAUGAUCGAGUGCUGUGACAGCUCCCUUCUUAGGUCUGGUUUGCUUUGAUGUCUUACUCUUUCUCUUUUAUGUCAGAAUGAGAAAAAGCUUAAUACAACAGGUGCCCAGAAUACUUGCAGUGUAAAUGAAGAUUGGAUUUUGUAUAAAAAAUAAUAAUGCUGUCAAACAGGAAUUGACCUUUAUUUAAUCGGAAAUGAUACAUAGCUGUGUAAAACAAGACAGAUUGAUUGACCGUAAAUCAGAUGGUUGGAAGUCACUUUUCAGCAAUUGGAUUCCUUCCUCCUUCUCUCAGUGUGCUCAGCCUUGUCUGCCUCUUUGUGAGUUCUCGGCUUCUGUCUGCAGCCACGCGUGCUGCAGCCUUCCAGUCACAACCGUGACACUUUGCUGCCAACCUCACUCAACUCGCAAUUGGCACUGGGCCUUUUUUUUUUACUCUGACAGGGAGAGUGUUCAACUACUUGCUACUGCCAUGUUCCUUACCCUCCCUUUUGAAGUCUCUAAGCUCACCACAGCCUAGAGUUCAGGAAAGUCAAUCCACACAGAAGCACAAUUUUGUCUUCUUCAGACACUGUUGCCUCUCUAGUCAGACAAUAGGAUUUGACCUGUUUUCUGUUUGCCCUAGACUAAGUGUGUCAGAAAUACACUGAAACAGUGGUGAAUGCACGUGUUACUUUUAAAUCGUUAGGAUGCCCCUCCCGUUCCUAAUGAUGAAAAGGUGUGUUAAAGUCAAAAUUAAUGGCUUAUAAUAGUCAUCUCCAAAUCACAUGCAGUUUAAUCUUUAUUUUUUAAUUUAAAGAAAUCAUGUUUAAAAUGACAAAAGUCCAUAUUAUAUAUACACUUUUAUAUAGCUGCAAAAACUUUAUACCUGUACAGCUCUCACAUGACACUGCUCCACUCAGUGUUUGUGUUAUUGAUGCACACAAGUGAAGCACUUUCCUCGUUUAUACAGAGAUACUGACUACCAAGGCACACUGUGCUAAGACCGGAAAGCAGCCUUUCUUUAUUCUGUCGAUAUUUGCCAUGACGUUCCCUUUCCAGUAGAUUUUUUUUUUUUAAUAGAAGUAGUUGGCAAUUUAGGAGUUAGCAGGUCUGUCCUGGUAAAAUUGUGUUUUGCAGUUAUGACUGCUGUCUCCAUGGGGUGUCUUCUCUUAGCACAAAACUGUUAGAGAAGGAUCAGACUUUUGUUCAGUGUGGUUGGUGUAUUUUAGGAGCAGACCUAGCGUGAUCUCUGAGUGACCAUGGUGGGCAUUUUUGUGACCAGAGAAUGAGAAAAUGCGGUUGGCUUCUGCCUGACGGUCAUCUCUGGGAGAUGCACUGGGUGGCAGAUGGAUGUUGGUAGCCUUCAUCCUCUUUCUCCUAGAACAAUGUUGGCUUUGCCGUCUUAACUCAGCUGUGCAGUUUUGUUGUUGUUGGUUGGUUGGUAGGUUUUAGAUUUGGGGUUUGAGCUUUUUGGUUUGUGUGGGGUUUUGUUUUUUUUUUGUUUUUGUUUUUUUGUUUUUUUGCAUGAAUCACCAUAUUUUGUAUUUUCAACUCCAACCUCAACAAAACAACUCAAGGCCUCUAAGUAUCAAGAUACCAUACUAAUAUUUUCCUGUCCUGAAUUUUUUUUAGCAGAAUCUGAAAUUGUGAAAGCAUAUUAGAUUUUCUACACUCCCUGAACUUUAAUUUGCUAGAAUUCUUAAUUUGGGCCUCUUGUGGUAAUUUCCAGUGUGAUCUGCCUGCCAGCUUCUGAGAACACUUUCACAGUAUCUCUGGGCCUUCUCGAGUCUGCUCCCCAUAGUGCAUCUGGUUACCUCAUGUUGCUGUUUGUUUAAGAUUAUGAAAACUCACGGGGUGUUUGUUGGAAUCAUUUGCUGAGUCAUUUCCUCAAAUUAUAUUCCAUUGUAUCAGUUAACAUAUAGUUUUAAAUGUAUGUAUUAUAAAUAUCUGUAACCAAAUCAUUUGAAGGCUUGAUAAAUUUUUAACAAAGUUUGUACAUUUUUUAUGAAAGUUACUAGUAAUGCUUUACUAAGUAGUGCAAUGAAUUUUUAUUUUUAAUCCCUGUGCCCAAUUUUGGAGUUGAGAGGGUUGUUGGUAAUAAAUGUAUGAUGUACACUUAAAA